CAGUUAGGAUUUGUUUCGACAGUGGAACAACAAACACGAAGCUUGCGUGGUCUACCCCCUUGCUUCCCCAGGCGCAUGAUCUCCGAACUUUGACGUCAGCCUCUUCCCACUUGCAUGGUCAGGAAUUCUCUGGACUCAAGGGAGGGGAAGUAGAGACGAGAGAAGAGAAACACCAGCUCCUCCGCCGUCGGUUGUCGCCUGUCACAUGGACGAGUGGUAUCACUACUCGGCCGCCUAACAACAUAUCCUCUCCAAAUGAUGGAAACAUACUACGGCCAGGUGCGGACCCCCGCCGAUGCGAUCAAGCUGUUCGAGGCAUGUCGUCUCGGCCUUCUCCCCCGGGUUCAAAGGAGGCUAUCAGAAAAGGAGCGCCAGCAGAUCCGGUCGGGCUCCGUGUUUGUCUGGGACGAGCGUGAAGCCGGCAUGCGGAGGUGGACAGACGGCAAGUCAUGGAGCGCCAGCCGCGUAUCCGGCAGCUUCCUGACGUACCGGGAGAUGGAGGGCAAGAGGGGGAACGCCUUCGGUGCAAGCAGGAGAGGUGCCGGAAAGACUCCCGAUUCGGGCCGCGGCAGUGACGAAGACCACGACGACGGAGAACCAGACGGAUACCGGUACAAACCCGACGGGCUCAUGAAGCAGUCGUUCAGCAUCACCAACUCGGCAGGCCAGCAUCUCCACCUGAUCGCUUACUACUCCAGAGGGUCGCCGCUCAACUUGCCGCAGCCCAGCAUGGAUGCCGCUCUCCGGCAUAUUGUUCCCCCCAAGGGGAUGUACCCCGAAUCGAGCCUGACCGAGGCGUCGCCGGCUGCCGCAGCGCGGCCGAUGCACCAACCGUCUUAUCCGCCGCACCACCAUCAGCCGCUUCCUCCUUACGGCUAUCCCGCUCCAUAUCCGCCUCCAGGCUAUGCAUGGCCUCCGUCUCCCGCCGGGACGCCUCCAUACAACCACGGCCAGUACCCAUACUCUGGGCUGCACUCGUACCCGCCUCCCCUCCCUCACCUCCCUCACCCGCCUCACCCGCCGCAACCGUAUCCGCCUGCCGCACCGAAUUCUCACUACGAACGAGCACCACUACCACCCCCGCCGCAGCAUCCACCACUUCCGGCCCCAGACCCACACAAGGCCGGCAUGCCACUUCCGCAGACAUACCCACAGAAUCAUCAUCAGUCGCCACAGGCUCCACCGCCGAGGCUACCUCACCCCGACUCUCCACGAUCGCAGCACUUGCAAGCACAAGCCAGGGACGCCGUCCAGAUGGACGCGCGGUUAGCACCCAUCGAUGCGGCGCGCACCCAAACCACGGCCUUCCCUGAGCCAGGACAGCUAGCCCAGGAGCAACCACACCAGCAGAACGGGACUCUGCAAUCACCGCCGCCAUCUCAAACAGCGCAGCAACGAAACUCGGCCCCUAGCCCCCCUCAUCGUGCGCUGUCCCUCUCCCCGCCGCGCAGCGCCGUCUCCGAACGCCGCAGUCCCGACCACCCCCCGACCGGCACGUCCACAGCCAGCACCAAGCCCGUCCUUUCCGCCCUGCUUCUCCACCCUCCGCCGUCGACAGCUGGCUCCGAGCCGAGCAGUGCAAACACCCUCAGCGGUGGUGCCGGCGUCAACAGUGCGGGCAGCUCACCCAACGCGCUGAUCGGCAGCGGACCGCCCAACGGGACUGUCCCGCUAGCGGCAGCGGCGGCCGCGGCAGCGAGGACGCCGCAGGAGCAACGGCUGGCCGUGGAGGAUGCGAGGACCAUUGGGGUGCUGAAUAAGAACUUCUUUUGAGGCCCUGGCCCGUAUGGAUUUCGCGCGAUGGGCGGUACGCGGUGCCGCCCCGGGGGCCGCGCUUUUCCCUACCUCCGCAGGGCAUAUUGACUUGUCUCGGCGCACCGCUACUCUUGCCUAUCUGAUACCCGAGGUAGAUGCGCAGGCGCUUCGCUCGUUCGGAUCGGGCAUUGACUGGCUGCGUCUUGCAAGCCCUCCUCCUCAUGUGCAGUGGAAGGGUGUAGCAAUCUAAGUGGGGUUGUUGGUGAGGGUUUGCAUGGAGAAGGGGCUGGGUAUGCACCAAG